AUGGAAAGCCUCGCAAAUCUGUCUGUAUGCGACUGCGAACAUCUACGCGAUCUCGCCAAUCAGUACAUGGACGCUUGGCUGACGGACCCUUCGACGGAGAAUGUAGACGAGUUGAACGCCGCUCUUGUUGCCAAUCUCGCAUACAGCAAGUACUCUCCUGGCGAUGCGACAUUGGCCGAAGAUGUGGACAAGGCAUUGGACGAUUACACGGUCGCGGUGCACGCCAAUAAGUCGGACGACGUACACAAAAACGUGAUCGCCCUGUAUACCUACAUGGCUGCGCACAACACCGCGAAAUGGCCGGGGUACAAUAGUCCUAAGAAUCUCAAGCGCAAGGUCGACCUCGCGCAACUGAACUUCACACCCAUGUCUCACAACAAUCCAGAUGCACCGCGCAACCGAUGA